AUGAAGAUCAAAGCGCUUUCGAGAUCGCUAGACGUGCACGCACCCGCUCGACAGGGCGACCCUGCCCCUCUUUCACGCAACCUCGAUCCAGCAUUGCAUCCCUUCGACAAGCCAAGAGAAUACACCCGUGCUCUCAACUCCGCCAAGCUCGACAGGCUCUUCGCCAAGCCUUUUAUCGGUGCUCUCGAAGGCCACAUCGACGGAAUUUACUCGAUUGCCAAGGACACCAACAGACUCAACGUCGUAGCUUCCGGAAGCGGUGACGGAGAAAUCCGCCUUUGGGACUUGGCCCGACAGAAGCCCAUCUACGUCUAUCCUCGAGCGCAUUCCGGUAUCAUUCAGUCCAUCUGCAUUUCACCUUUGACCUUCAUGUCGCCCACCGGCAAUUCGUCGGUCGGUCGCAGGAUGCUAUCCUGCUCAACAGAUCGAACCGUCAAAGUCUGGGAUGCGGAUCCGCGACCCGACGGGCUGGGACAGACAAGUUUCGGCGCUCUGGACGACGACGAAGACGAUGAAGAAGGUAUGGACACAGAUAUGACCACUGGUGGCAGCUUGAGGAGAGGUGGCCUUCUCAGCACGCGAGACAGGGAUGUGCCACCCAGCGAGCCAUUGACUGUUUACAGCGGCAAAGCCGCCUUCAACUCGCUCACUCACCACGCCUCGAAUGCGAUCUUUGCUUCGGCCUCCUCGUCGAUCCAGACCUGGGACCUCGAGCGUGGCGGCUCUUCCGAUCCGCUGCUGUCCAUGACCUGGGGUCCUGACGCCAUCAACGUCGUGCGCUUCAAUCUCAGCGAGCGCGAGGUACUGGCUAGUGCAGGUAGCGAUCGCGGUAUCGUCCUUUACGACCUGCGCAGCGGUAAACCUUUAACCAAGAUGAUCAUGCAGAUGCGGGCAAACGACAUUGCAUGGAACCCUACAGAGCCCACCGUGUUUGCCGUUGCGAGCGAGGAUCACAACGUCUACACGUUCGAUAUGCGUCAUCUCAACUCGGCAACACAAGUCUACAAGGAUCACGUGGCGGCCGUCAUGUCGGUCGACUUUUCGCCAACCGGCACCGAGCUUGUCACCGGCUCGUACGAUCGGACGCUCCGCAUCUGGGAUUACGGCAAGGGUAAUCACUCGCGCGAUGUCUACCACACGAAACGCAUGCAGCGUAUCUUUUCCACUUCUUUCUCCAUGGACGCUCGUUUUGUGCUCAGCGGUUCCGACGACGGCAACCUGCGUAUCUGGAAGGCCAGAGCGAGCGAGAAGCUCGGUCUGCUCAGUGGAAGGGAGAUGGCCAACAGAGAGUACGCCGAGAGCCUUCGCAAGAAGUGGAGCGGCGUGGGCGACGUGUCAAAGAUCGAAAAGCAGAGGCACGUGCCCAAGGCGAUCAAGCAGGCACAGAAGCUCAAGAAGACCAUGAUCGACGCCAGGAAGAACAAGGAGGAGAACAGACGCAAGCACUCGAAAGCAGGAGACAAAAAGCCCAAAGCGGCACGAAAGGAAUCCAUCCUUUCUCAACGCGAAUAG